AUGAUUCGUAUGAAUGCGUACGGCUGGUGGCUGCUGUUGCUGCUGGUCUCGACGUGUGCGGUCGGCGUCACGGCGGUCGAUCGAAGCAAGUUUCGAACCUGUCAGCAAACGAGUUUUUGUCGACGCCAUCGGGGCAACCAUUCCAGCCGACUGUACGAAUACAAACUCAUUGCGGAUUCCGUACACUUUCAUGCACCGCACGAAGCGUCAUCUGCGGAACAUCCCGCCGAUACGGAUCCGGAUGAAAAAGAAAAAAAGAGCGUGUGGCAGAGUCUGCAGCGUCGCUUGCUGGGUCAGCAUCACGUCCACAACGGUGACAACGGCAAACUCGAUCCGUACGUGCGCGGCCCUCCUCCGACGUUGACCGGUACAGUAUACAAUGUAGCGGAUGAAACUUCCUCCGGAUCCCACGAAGAAUUACUCUUCUCCGUGUCCGCCAUGUCGGAUGGGCUGGUAAGAGUGCGAUUGACGGAACGCUACGGAGUCGCCGGCAGUGCCCACGAACACGCCCGCGUCACCUACGACGAUCUCGUAUUGGAACACAAGGAAUGGACAUCUGCAUCGCAUGCGCAGUGGCUGCGUCCGGAGGAUCCGCAAACGACCGCGACCUUGGAGUCUUUGGUACCCUCGGGAAGUCACGUUUCGAACUACAUGGGCCUGAAAUACGGUGAUGGCGUCGAUAGCUCCAACACUCCAACUUUGGAUUGGAUUUUGCUGAUUCAGCUGCAGCCGUUUGCGGUCGGAUUAUAUCAAGCAAAUGACAUUGGCAGUGGCGCCAAGGUUGUGCUCAAUGCGGAACAAAUGAUGCACUUUGAAACACGACGGCACAAGGACGGCGCCUCCGAGCCGGAUACUAC